UAAAUUUUACUUUCCGUUAACUAAAUUUCUGAAGUGGUAGAAUAUUUGAUGAAAAUUAGCAUAUAUAAAAUUAAUCCCAAUAAAAGUUCAUAUUAGUCCUAAUUAUGACUAUUAUACAAAAGUGCUUGCAGAAGAUUCAACCUGCUAAAACAUUAAGCAAUAUAAGUGCAGAAUUUGCUUUUCCAAAUGUUGUGAUUUUUGAAGAAAAAACGAAUGUUCGUAUUUGUGAUAUUACAAAACCUGAAAAUACAAAUGAUGUACACUCAUUUCACAAAGAAAUAUCAAAUUAUAUUUUAUAUGGGCACCAUCUAUGGUUGUUGCUAAUCUCUGGCGAAAUUUAUGUUAUACAUAUAAUUAAAAAAUCCAUUAUACAAGUGCAAUGCAACAGCCUUGCUAAUUAUAAAAUUCAAAGAUUCAUAAUCCAUAACUCCAAUUUAAUUUUCGUCAGUGAAAGCGGUGAACGUCUUUGUGUCCAUUUAAUUGAGCAAACAUUGGAGGAAGCGUUUUUUAAGGGAGCACACGAUAUCACGAUCUCUUUCGAAAAAUAUCCUUCGUCAAUUAACACAAAUAUUACAUUCCAUAGCUAUGAAAAAGAAACCACUAUAUACAUAGAUGAAGGAAAACUUGUGGUCAAAUGUAAUACUUCUGGCCUGGUGGAUGUUAUAAAAGCUAACACAGAGUUGCAAUAUGUCGCUCAGUGGAAUGAUAUGAAUGUUAUAUGUGAUGAUGUGAAUAUGUGGAUUUUAAACCAACAGUUUGAUUUAGUUUUUAAAUUUGAGAGUAAUAAUGAUCAUUACUAUCCAUUGGCAGCUAAAAAUGAUAUUUUUUAUUAUGUGAUAUGGAAAAAAGAUGAGAUUGGAAUAUACCACGCUUCAAUUUCUGAAUAUACAGAAGAUAAAAGAGAUGAUUUAUCAAUUAAUCUAAAGAAGAGCUUAUCAUCGCAAGAAACACUCAAAUUGCAAUUGAAAUCUUUAGUUGAGGAUGCAAUUAUUCAAAAUACCCCACCCAACCAGGUACUCCCUCAGUUACAAGUACUAUUUAAUGACAUUGAAGACUUCAACCAUCUCAUAACCAUAGCUUCAAAGCUUUGUCACAAAAGUCUAUUGUACAAAACAAUUUUAUAUCAACUUCAAAAACGAAUUUGUUCUACUGAAGACGAAAUUUUAAUUGAACUUAUUUGUGAUAUAAUAAUUAAAACAGAUUUAUUAGAAUAUGUCCAAUUUAGAGGAGGGAGUUAUUAUGAUGAUGUAAAUAUAUUUGAAAUGGAUUUUAUUCAACUUUGUGUAACAUUUAUAUCAAAAUCUGAUUUGGAUUUAGCAUCCAUAUGUUGGAUAAAAUAUUCUGAAAUAAAACCAACACCAAGCUUGGACGACGUAACUCUUAUUUUAAAUGCAAUACCAUUAAAUAUCAAAAUGGGGGCACUUGUAAUUUGGUUCCGUAACUUUGUUCCUUCUCUUUUAGAUCAAAAUCCAUUUUACAUUGACUUGUUUGUAAAGUGGACUACAGACAGAGUAUUUUUGUUAGAACAGUCAACUUAUUGGCCAAAAAUAGGUCUCAAAUUCAUUUCAGCUAUAGUAGAAGUUUUAGAAACAUCAAUUAAAACUAUAUGUAUCAGACCAAUUUCAAUUGAUGAUCUUGAUGUUAUAAAAGAUCAUAUAAACUAUGUACUAGAACUAAAAGAAAAAUACAAAAUCAACAUGUUACUAAGUGAAUUCAGUUCACAGAGUCCUUCUGAAAUUGCACUUAUUAUGUUACGUAGAUGCUAUACAGAAGAUCUUGAAGCAUUUUUACAAGAAAGUUUACCAACAUAUGCUUCUCGACAUUUUCUAGAAAUAGACGACACAUUACGUUCAUUUAUAGAAAGUGAAGCUGCAAGUAGUGGAGGCAGUGUGGAUGGACAGCGUUUUAAGAUACUUCUUAAUGCUUUUCAUUAUCCUAACAACAGGCUUGAAUGUCUUUUGAAUGUGCUCAAACUUUUAGAUGUGCCAUGGAAUCCAAUUGUGUUUACAAUAGCAACCACAGCGGCUGCCUUAACUCAUACUGAUUUUACUAUCACUGAUACUGAUCGUAAUCUUGCAAAUGAAAUAUACAAAGAGUUAAAUUAUGCAAAAAUUAAAGUUAUUUUGAAGAAAUAUAAUUUUCCUUUAACAUGUACUGAUUACACAUUAGUAAUUCAUAAAUUAAUUAAUAAUUCCAUAGUAGAUUUGGAUGAUUUGAAAGUCAUUACAACCAUUUUAACUAAUUUGUCUCUUUAUGCUAAUAGUUUAUACAUCGACAAAUGUUUGCAAAAUAGUGAAACAAAAUUAGCAUUGGAAUAUUUGAAAAGUCUAUGUAAUAGAAGCCAAAAAAUAUUAAUUAAGACAAUGCAAAACAAAUAUGAGCAAAUUAUUAUGGGCAUAACUUCAAAUCCACAACUGGAAAGGAAUUAUAUUGACUUCCUAAAAGGAUCUUCAUUAUUGGAUAAAAUAAUAAUAAAUCGCAUUGAUAAUUUAUACUAUCUUAAAAAUGCAUAUAAUAUUAAAUUAAGUAUAAAUACCAUAUUUAGUAAUAAAAAUCGCAAAAGCGAAUUAAAAAUGUUUAAUGAUGGAGAAGAAAUUACAUCGAGUUCUGGGCGAGGAAGAUGUAUUUCACAGUUAAUGAGCAGAGACAUCUACCAGCAAUCAAAACUAAUAUCCUUACUACGUCGAAGUUCUUCAAGUCGAAACGCGAAAAUGCUAGUUGAAAACUUAGUACUAUUUGGAGAUCCAAAAUCUGGAAAUAAAAAAACUAAUUUGUCUCAAUAUAAAGAUGAACGUAACUCGGCUGAUUUGGUAGAGUCGUAUAAUAUACUUUCGGAAGUCGUGUCUUGUUGUGAUGAAGAAUAUCUACACCAUUUGUUGAAAUGUCUGUCAAUGUUGAACGCGUUAUUACAUUCUAGCAUAAUUUUGAAAAACCUUGCUUUGGCAUGGAAGUUCCAAUACAUAUUUUUACCGAUGUCGUCAAUCAACGGCUUAAAUGAUUUAAUUAAUUACUACACUUCUGAUUCUUUAAAUGACUUUUUUGAAUCUGAUGUUUCGGAAAUUUUAACAAAGAGCGAUUUUAUACCAUUUAGAAUAUUUUCAAAUAUAAUCCAUAAUACGUUAAAUACAGAAAGAGCAUUAUCCAAUGAGUUUAAAAAAGUAAGAGAGAAGGUUGUUAAAAAACUCAUCACAAAAGUUGUAGCCUCUCAAGAUAUAGAUCAAAUUUUGGUCACAUGCUUAUUACUUAUAUUAAAAAAUACUGAUGUAAUCAAAGAUAAAAUUUGGAUCUUGGAGAUAUUAAGAGGGCAAUCAGAAUCCUUACCCCCCGCUGCAGUGCAUUAUCUUUCUUCAGCAAUUAUUCGUCGUACCUUUGAGCUUGAAAAUAUUUUACCUGAAAGUAAUUUAUCAUACCCACCACAAUAUACACUGAAAUCUAAAUUUAAUAUUAAUUUAUCGGAAAUCGCCCUACCGGAAAACACUGAGGAAACAUGGGAUGCAAAGGUUCUAUUAUUUUAUAUAUUAAGACAUUACCCACAUACACCAUACGAUAGACUUAUUGAGUUAUGUCAUACGCUAAAUAUUCCUAAAAACGAUGGAUUCUCUCUAUUAUUAAUAUCUGUACUGGCAAAUUGGGAAUUGAAGUAUAAAAUUUUCGAAAACGAUUUAGGUAAUCGUCAAAUAAUCACGGAAAAUGAUGUAACAAGUUUAACAUCGAAAUGUUCUAUACUUUGGCAAAGUAUAGAAGACAAAGAAUUUUUGAAGGACGUAUUAAAUGAUUUUUGGAAAAAUGGUGAAGUUAUAAUACAUGGAUGUCUUAUAUCCAUCAACCCUUAUUAUUAUGAAGUGUACCUAUGCAUAUAUCAAUUAAUUUUUUCGACGCCUGCUGAAUUAAAAGUAAUAAGAGAGUAUUAUUUACUACAAUUUUUAAAAGAAUAUAAGAGAAAAAGUACUCCAAAACAAUAUGAGUACGAACUUUUUUCUGUUAAAGGUAUGUUUCCCGAAAUCGGACACUAUCGUCUACCUUUUCAUCUAUUUAUGCGAGACGAUAUGUGGUCAAAUUUAAAAUCGGAGAUUACAUUAGAAACUUACGAAUCCUGGCUACCAGUUGUUGCUUUGCUUUCUCUGGACGGUGAUUUACAGACGGCAAGGGAUAUGAUAUGUAGCAAUGCGGUAAAACAAACUAUGACUUCUCGUAAAAGAUACGAAAGCAAUGAGAUUGAUUCCAAAGAUAGUGAACCUUGGAGAUUAACAUCACGAGAAGAGCCUCUGCUCCGGACUGCCCACCGUUGUGUGAGAUAUAUUGCUAAUAUGGAAUGGGCAGGUGCAUGUCUAUUUUAUGUUCUGCAAGGUUGCACCAGAGGAGCUGAUCAAGUUGCAGCUGCUCAACUUUGUUACCAGUUUUCACAACGUUGGGCGACUAUUCAACCAGGUAAUCGUGCUGUUAGACAAAUGGAAAGACUUCAUUCUACACUUUCAACGAGACAUGUACUGUAUAAGAUUAAUUGGGCCCGAGAAGAACUUUUACGUCUUUCAUCAGAGCCCAUUCAACUUAUCCAUGCAUUGUAUCUUCAUCCUGAUUUUAUUGAUAAAAUAACUCGUUACGAUAUAAAUCGAGCAGCCAAUGAGAUAGCUGACAAAAAUAAUAUUAACAUAAGUUCAAUCAGAAUCCAGCUAUUAGAGAAUAUUCUUGAUAAAAGACAAAAAGAAAAGGACAAUUCGCCUGGGUUAGAUACUAAAGACUUAAUAACAGCAAAAUACAUUUUGAAAGCAACUUGUUCGAAAAUGGGGGCUAUUUAUUUAUCUAGAAUCGCAUUCGAUGAUGACAGUGACUAUAAUAAAUGCAAACAAUUACGAGCUUUGCAAUGUUUGAUGAGCGUAGUUGAACCGGAUACUGCUAUCAAAGUUAGUAACCGGGAACGAGGUGUUCUUUGGAAGUAUUUAUUAGAGCUUUUAUACAUCGUAUAUCUGGAGAAAAUUGAUAUGCCCUGGGUUGUAGCAACCUUUAUGCAAAAUAAAACACUCGCUCUUAACCAGUUAUUGCAGGUGUCAGGAAAUAAUAUAGAUAGUUUAAAAAUUGUAGGUGAAUUAGCACAUCGAUUUGGAAAUGUACAAAUUAUUCGCCAAAUUAUACCUAUGCUGUUGCGAGUUUCGUUAAUCGAGGACAUGAUUCCUUUGUUGUUGAAGAUCCAACAUACACCUGACAACAUUAUAUAUACAGCAUGGCGAGCAAUCAUUUUGUCUCCUUUCCAACGCGCUGAUUACCCCAUCACUGAUCGUCAAAAAUCGCAAUGUCUUAAAUCCUUAAAUUUAUUACCAGUGUGCCCAGUAAUUAAAGAUGAAGAUUUAAUUGAAAUAUGGAAAAAUUGUGUUAGGUGUAAAUGUUUAGGUUUAGGCUGCUUAUUACUACCCUAUUUGACUCCUAAGGCUAGGCAGUCAUUAAAUGAACUUCAAAAGAUUGAUAAAAGAAGUCUAAUCAUAAGUUUAAAAAAUUUGUACUCUGAAAGUUAUCUUGUGCCUGGUGCCAUGUAUGUUUUAGACAAUUUAACUAAAAAGUCAUACAGAUGA